CUACCUCAUGAAGAUCCUCACCGAGUGCAGCUACAGCUUCACCACCGCGGCCAAGCAGGAGAUCGUACGCAACAUCAAGGAUAAGCUGUGCUACGUCGCCCUGGACUUCGAGCAGGAGAUGGCCACAACCACAUCCUCCUCCUCUCUGGAGAAGAGCUAUGAGCUGCCCGACAGCCAGGUCAUCACCAUUGGUAACGAGUGGUUCCGGUGUCCGGAGGCACUGUUCCAGCCUUCCUUUCUCGGCAUGGAAUCUUGUGGCAUCCAUGAGACCACCUUCAACUCCAUCAUGAAGUGUGACGUGGACAUCUGUAAGGACCUGUACACCAACACUGUGCUGUCUGGUGGCAGCACCAUGUACCCAGGCAUCACUGACAGGAUGCAGAAGGAGAUCACUGCCCUGGCACCCAGCAGCAUGAAGAUCAAGAUCAUUGUACCCCCAGAGCAUAAGUACUUCGUGUGGAUUGACGGCUCCAUCCUUGCCUCACUGUCCACCUUCCAGCAGAUGUGGAUUAGCAAGCAGGAGUACAAUGAGUCCGGCCCCUCCAUCGUCCACCGCAAAUGCAUCUAAACGGACUGCGAGCAGAUGCGUAGCAUUUGCUGCAUGGGUUAAUUUGGAAGUAUAAAUUUGCCCCUGGCAAAUGCAUACACCUCAUGCUAGCCUCAUGAAACUGGAAU